AUGGCCACCGAACUCUACGUGCCCGACGCUCGUGAUGCUCAAUUUCCUGCAGAGCCCAAAUCUGCCUACGCAGCUACGGUUGAAGAGGUGUCUGGAUCAACGCCGCAUGAAAACGGUACCUCUCUUCCCUAUCCCAAGCUUAAGCGGCCAAACGGCACCGUUUCCGAUUUCCAGAUCGAGGAGCAUCCCAUCGACGAGAUAAAAAAGCUCAAGGUCGCCAUCAUCGGCACUGGUCUGUCUGGUGUAACUGCUGCCUCUCUGCUACCCGCCAAGGUGCCCGGCAUUGAUCUCACCUUGUUUGAGAAGAAUUCCGACGUGGGCGGUACAUGGUACGAGAACACUUAUCCCGGCGUCCGCUGUGACGUGCCUUCGACAAUCUACCAGAGCACAUUCGAGCCGAAGAGUGAUUGGGCUGAAGAGUUUGCAAGAGGAGCGGACAUCCGGGACUACUGGCAAGGCAUCGCAAGGAAGUACGGUGUUUACGAGAAGACCCAGUUCAAGACGAAGGUCCAACGUGCCGAAUGGGACCCCUCGCGGACCAAAUGGAAGUUGACAGUAGAGAACCUCGACACGAAUGAAGUCAGGCACGACUUCUUUGACUUUCUGAUCCCCGCCAUUGGUCACUUCAACGCGUGGAAGCUACCCAACUACCCCGGCAUCAAAGACUACAAAGGUUUCAUCCGCCACUCCUCCAACUGGGACCCCACCGUCGACCUCAGCAACAAACGUGUCGCCGUCAUCGGCAACGGUGCCUCAGGAAUCCAAGUCGUCCCCGAGCUCCAAAAAAUUGUCAAGCACCUCGACCACUACGCGCGCUCGCCCACCUGGAUCGCCGGCUCGCUCGGCGGCCGCGACCGGAAGGCUGAACCAAUGCCGUUCUCGGCCGCCCAGCUCGAAGAAUUCAAAGACCCGCACAAGUUCCUCGCCUACCGCAAAGCGCUCGAAGAAACCUACUGGCGACGCUUCGACGCCGUCCUGAAAGACAGUCCGGAAUCACGCAACGCGCGCGAAAACUUCACGUCCUUGAUGGCGGCGCGGCUCGCGAAGAAGCCCGAGUUGCUUAACGAAAUCGUGCCGGCUUUCAGCCCGUCUUGCCGGCGGCUGACACCGGGUCCAGGCUACCUGGAGGCGCUGACGGAAGACAACGUGUCGUUCAUCCGCACGCCGAUAGCGCGGUUCACGGCGAAUGGCAUCGAGACGGAGGAUGGGACGGUGCGGGAGGUCGAUGCCGUGAUAUGCUGCACGGGGGCGAACGUGUCGUUCGCGCCGCCGUUCCCCAUCGUCAGCGGCGAGUACGACCUCAGCAGGGACUGGCAGCCGGACGGGAAGUUUGGGUUUCCGUACAGCUAUUUCGGAUUGGGCGUGCCGGGGUUCCCGAAUCUGUUGUUCCUCUACGGACCCAACUCAGGCACCGUCGCGGGCACCAUCCCGCACGCCGCCGAAGCGCAGACGACGUACAUCGCGCGCCUCCUCCGCAAGACGUCGCGCCAGCACGUCGCCACCGUCGCGCCCACGCGCGCCGCCACCGACGACUUCGUCGCCUACUGCGACGCCUUCUUCCCGCGCACCGUCUUCUCCGAGAACUGCAAGUCCUGGUACAACGGCGGCCGCCCCGGCGCCCGCGUGCACGGCGUGUGGCCGGGCAGCGGCGCGCACGUGAAUUACGUGCGGCAGGAGCCGCGGUGGGAGGAUUGGGAGUGGGGGUACGGGGAGGGGAGGGGGAGGUUCGGGUAUUGGGGGAACGGGAAGACGGCGAAGGAGGGGGAUAAGGGGAGUGAUUUGUUGGAGUGGUUGAAGGUGCCGGGGGAGGUGGAUUUGAAGGAGUUGCAUGAGAGGUGGUGGGAGGUGUGA